AUGAGUAGAUAUGAGGAUCUCACGCGCCGAUUCCUCGCCGCAGGCGACGUCGAGCAUAGCAAUGGCACACUAGAUCUGUUCUAUGAAAAAGACAAUGAGUUGAUCUUGAAACCUUGGACGGGUAAAGAAUUCGGUGAAACUGAAUUUGUCACAGACCAAGUGAGAGAGAAAACUCCCGUGGCAGCGUUGAUAUUGCCAUCCGAGCCAGAUCAACCUGUAUAUCGUAUGCUCUUCUGCAUCAGCCAGUCACACCUUCUCGAAUGCUACGCCUAUCAUCCUGGCGAAGAGCGGUGGAAGGAAAUCAAACUGGGCCCAGUGGGAGACGCAAUCGUUCACCACAAAAGCAAUCUCGGUGCUAUAUUGACACCAGAAGGCUUGAUAGUUCUAUAUCAAGCCCCAGAUAAUACACUCCGUGGAAUCAUAAACAAUGGUACUUCCUGGGAGCCACUUGGACAACCACUCUCAGCCCGGGCAUUGCCAGGCACUCCAAUUUCAAUUACCUCGUCCGGUGGGAAUCCAACGGUAUUCUAUGUGAAUGAAGACAAUGGUUUGCACUAUCAAUCCAUACAGUCUGAAGGCAACGACAAUGCCCUGGAAAAUUCCCGACUUACUUCACCUGUGACCCGCAUUAAAGUGGUUCAAAAUGAAGAAACAAAGCAGGUAGCUACGUAUGUUCUGACGGAAGACGACCAUAUCUACCUUCUUGACCAGGACGGAAAUGCCCCGACAGACGUUGGAUACAUCGAGAAUGAGCAAUUUGAAGCUACUAAGAGUGCGCAGGCUGUUCUUGUAAACUGGUGGUUCCCUCCUCCUGUGCCGGUUUGGCAGGACUGGGUGCCAGUUACAAACUGGGUUCCAAGGACAUGGAUAGGAUGGUAA